CUUCAGUCCCUGGUUUUGGUCCUGUAAAUUAGAACGAGAAUGCUUGGAAUUCUGGAUGUUUGUUUUUUUGGUUUUUUUUUUUCCCAACAGCAAUGCCACAGAGCAGUAAGAAUGUGUCCUUCUGUGGUUGCUGGCAAGGUUCUGAUCAGCAAAUCCUGAACUGUUUUCCAUGGCUAACGCACACCCUGUGUCUGCCCACAGGGUGACAAAAUUAACCUCCUCCAUCAAGGCUGCCAGAACAACUCCUGCCUUCCUGAGUUCGCAUGAAAACCAUCGAGAAUGACAUCACAGCCCGAUAGACACCCGUGAGGGGCAGACAGGGCUCUGUGUCCGGACACAGGCCGGGCCCCAGGAGAGGGCACACGGCUGUCCCAGCUCCAGCCCACUCCCCACAUCCCGAGUCCCGGCAGCGCCGCACUCCGGGGCGCGGGGCCCGGGGACAGCGCCCAGGGAGGAGGCAGCAGCGGAGCCCCUUUGCUCUGAGCCGCGGAGCCAGCGGACCUUGCUGUCCCGCGGUUUUGCUGUCCUUCCCCCGUUCUCCCCCGUGUGAGGGAGGGGCAGAGCCGCGGUCGCAGGCCGCCGCUCUCCCCGCCGGGCCCCGCACGCCGCCGGCUGAGGCCGAGCGGGCGGAAGUUCCUCACCUUCCGCUUCCCCUCUGCCCGGGAAGAGGCGGGCACAGCUGCGGCCAUGCAGGUCUCCAGCCUCAACGAGGUGAAGAUCUACAGCCUGAGCGCCGGCAGGAGCCUCCCGGAGUGGCUCUCUGACAGGAAGAAAAGAGCUCUACAGAAGAAAGAUGUGGAUAUCCGUAGAAGAAUUGAACUUAUUCAAGACUUUGAAAUGCCCACAAUUAGCACAAAGAUUAAGGUAUCGAGAGAUGGACAGUAUAUUAUGGCAGUUGGAACUUACAAGCCCAGGGUCCGCUGUUUUGAUACCUAUCAGUUAUCCCAGAAAUUUGAAAGAUGCUUAGAUUCUGAAGUGGUUACGUUUGAGAUAUUAUCAGAUGAUUACUCAAAGAUUGUCUUCUUGCAGUGUGGCAGAUUUGUGGAGUUCCAUUCACAACAUGGCCAUUACUACAAGACAAGAAUACCAAAAUUUGGUAGAGAUUUCUCUUACCACUACCCAUCGUGUGACCUGUAUUUCGUAGGAGCAAGUUCUGAAGUUUACAGGCUAAAUCUGGAACAAGGAAGAUUUCUGAACUCCCUGCAAACUGAAGCUUCGGAGAGUAAUGUCUGUGACAUAAAUCCUGUACACUUCUUGUUUGCUAUGGGGACGGCUGAGGGUAAAGUGGAAUGCUGGGAUCCUAGAACUAGAAAUCGAGUUGGGCUGUUGGACUGUGCAUUAAGCAGUGUGACAGCAGACACAGAGAUAGAAGGUCUGCCAUCCAUUUCAGCACUGAAAUUUGAUGGGGCUUUGAAUAUGGCUGUUGGAACAUCUACUGGGCAGGUCCUAUUGUAUGAUCUCCGGUCUAGUAAUCCAUUAAUAGUCAAAGAUCACCACUAUGGCCUGCCUAUUAAAUCAAUUCAGUUUCAGCAUCAGUUGGAUUUAAUUAUCUCUGCGGAUUCUCGAAUCAUAAAAAUGUGGAACAAAGAUACAGGGAAGAUAUUUACUUCAAUGGAGCCAGAGCAUGAUAUAAAUGAUGUCUGCCUUUAUCCAAAUUCGGGAAUGCUAAUGACUGCCAAUGAAGCCCCUAAAAUGAAUAUCUAUUAUAUACCAGUUUUAGGACCUGCCCCAAAAUGGUGUUCCUUCUUGGACAACUUGACUGAAGAACUGGAGGAGAAUCCAGAAAGCACUGUUUAUGAUGAUUACAAAUUUGUUACCAGAAAAGACCUUGAAAAUUUAGGCCUUGCUCAUCUCAUUGGAUCAUCAUUGCUCAGAGCAUAUAUGCAUGGCUUCUUCAUGGACAUAAGACUUUAUCAUAAGGCAAAAAUGAUGGCCAACCCCUUUGCCUAUGAAGAAUAUAGAAGAGAGAAAAUAAGGCAGAAGAUAGAAGAAACACGUGCACAGAGAGUUCAACUGAAGAAACUCCCAAAAGUUAAUAAAGAACUUGCACUCAAACUGAUUGAAGAAGAAGGAGAAGAGCAACAGUUCAGUAAAAAAAGGAAACAAAAGAAUCUGCCCAGCCUUCUCAAAGAUGAUCGUUUUAAGGUCAUGUUUGAGAAUCCAGAUUUCCAGGUGGAUGAGCAGAGUGAAGAAUUUAGGCUACUUAACCCACUUGUUUCUAAAAUAAGUGAGAAAAGAAAGAGGAAGCUAAAGAUCUUAGAAGAACUGGAAGCACAAGGACAGGAAGAGGAGGAAGAACCAGAAGGAAAAGCAAGUGAUGCAGAAAGUUCUGAGAGUUCAGAUGAUGAAAAAGGCUGGGUUGAAGAGGUCAGGAAACAGCGCAAGCUUUUACGCCAAGAGGAAAAACUAAAGCGGCAGGAAAGGCUCAAGGAGGAUCAGCAAACAUUACUAAAACCUCAGUUUUUUGAGAUUAAAGAAGGAGAGGAAUUCAGAAGCUUCAAAGACUCUGCCAAAAAACAAAAAUUAAUGAAGAAGACUCUUGAAGAUCGUUUAAAGCUUGAAGAAAAACUUGGCACACUCAAUGUGUCUGAUACCACAGUAGGCAGCAAACAGGCAACAUUCAAAUUAAAGAAGUCAGAGCAGCAAAGGAAACAGCAGGAAGCUGAGAAACUACAUCGUCAAGAGAGGAAAACUCUUCGGCGUUCUGCCAGUCAUCUCAAGAGUAGACGUGGAAGAGGACGACUAUUUCAUUGAUUUAUAUUAUUUUUUUUAAGAAACUUUUUACUUCAUUUUUCAUUUGAAAAAGGGGCUGUUUCAAAUUGGGACACAGUACCAAUGGAUUUGUAUCUUGAUUCAUUGUUGAACAUGAAACCAGAACUUCUUAAACUUUGUGUUAAUUAUUGAAAAGUUUAUGAAAGUUAAAGUACUGACCAAAGGACACUGAAUAUGGUCCAUUGUGAACUGUAUUUGUUCAGAAAUCACCAGCAGCUGGUUAUUGUGUAACCCUGGAUGUUUUCUAUAUAAGAAUUCAUGUAUACAAUGAGGCUGCUUGUCUUUUAUUUAACUUAAGAGCUGUUAGUUUCAGUUUCUGAAAUCUUUGUGACUGCUUAGAUAAAAGAUCAACAGUAAGUUAUUUUGUCUAAAAAGUUUAUCUUUACAAGGGCACAACAAAUUUUUCUGGUUCCUGAAGAAUGACACACAGUUGUAUUUUUCAAAAACUGACUUUGGCUUUAUAUUCUUGGGUUGCCUUUAGUAGUAAAUGGUUGUCAGGAGGACAGUUUAGAAUUCCUGAUUUGUGUUCCUCUGAGUCUUUCUGUAAGGAUGCCACACCAGUGUACAGAAGGGUCCAAUUAAUUUAGAUUUAGUGAAUAUAAAACCUGAUCCUGAUGUUUCUGUUUUGGAAAGUCAGCCAUGGUUCAACAUAGAUCAAGUGGCAUAUGUUCAUAUAACAAGCACUUCUAGGCCAUGCCAGUAGUCUCCUAUGCUUCAAAAAAAAGUGUUUAGUUAAAUAAGUUAAAAAAAUCCUUGAACCUAAGUAGGUCACUGUUUAGCAAAUAAAUUAAUUUUUUACCUUUGAUCCUAAGGGAACCUUUUUAUUGCUUUUUAAAGCCUUUAUAAAUUGCCUUUUUGCUAGAUAAAAAAACCUGAACUUUGGAUCCAACAAGAAUCAGUGAAUCUCCCUAUCACUGUAAAUGUUUUUAAGAGGCUCAUAGGUUCUUAACUGUUUUGCUUUAUAAACCAGGGAGGUAUUAAUAUGGUCAGGUCUCUUGGACAGUAUUUAUAGAAUCUUUGCAAUUACCUCAGUAAAAGCCUUGGUUUCUCAUGGCCUCAUAUUUUUUGGUUUUGUUGUUAGAUGAUAGAAAAAUUAGCCACAUGAAUAAUUUUUUUUUCUUCCUGACUUAAUUUUGCUGCUUUAAUUCAUUCUGGUUUUAAUUGUAUUGAUGCUUUUAGUUUAAAAAGGCCCUUUCACCUGCUAUUAUCUUUAAAAAUUUACAUUGUAGUCAUCACCUCUGCCCUUGCAUUCAACUAAAGGAUGAGUCUCUCAAUACCUAGUUUUUUACCUCUAGCUGUCAAAUUUCUGCAUUGUCCAUAAGCUUCUCAUGCUUUUUAUUUAGCACAGAACUAUUCAGUAUUCCAAUGUCAGUCUCACCAUGCUAUAAGUACCAUUACUACUUCUCCUUAGGCACUGAGAAAAUGUCAAUGCAGUUGUGGUUGCAUCGGGGUUUGUCCCUCUUUUUGGAGUCUUGACUUUUGAUAUUCAAGACUUUGAAAUCCAAAUUUGAACUAAUGCAACAUCUUCCCCCCAGAGCAUUAUGUUAUCUCUGAAGCUGUCUGUGUGCAGUUCUGAUGUGCAUACAUCAUAGCUGGGGCUAUAGCAAUGUGGAAAGGUUAACAGUGGAAACUGGCCUCUAUUGUGGUUGGUACAGGGAGAGUUGGGGACUGAGUGGACAGAAUUGGCAUUGUAAGAGCAGGAAUUUGGCAGAGUUUGCUCCUUCUUGUGGUGGGCCUAUAUCCCAUUAUAUUUGAUCUAGAGCUGCAUUUAUGUUUGAAGGCAUCUGUAUUUCAGCAACGAUUCUGUGGGCUGUCAAGAGCAGUAAAAAACUAAAUGUGGUUUGUAGCAACGCGCUACGUUGAGGUCCCCAAGGCUGCCUGCACACUCGGGUCUGGGGCGAGAGACUACUAGAAAGCUAACAGGAAAAUGAUAUAGGGACAGGUUCUUGUUUGGGUAUCCAAAAGCUUUUAUUGCCUCACAUGGGGUCCAGGGACAAGAACAAAAACGGGCUGAGGGUCCAGGCUUAUAUACAGGGUAAGAGGGGGUGGUUCAGAGGGCUAGGAUCCAAUGGGAGUAGGGCAAAGUGGUGCAUAGGAGGGGUUCGGGACAGGGACAACCAUUGGGAAUUGGCAAGGCAGGGCAAUGCACCAAAGCAGGGCCAAUAGGGGUUCAAGGAAGGGAGAACAUUUUAGGGAGCAUACAUAAAUGGGAAACGGGGGCUGAACAGGGGUGGUCAGGGCCAACAGACCAGUGAGAUAAUGGAACUAGGAACUAAUUAACAUGAGAAUGCAAAGGCCUGUGGGGAGAAGGCUUCUCUCACCCUAGCCUUGGUAGGUUUUACUUGUUGCAACCCUUCCAAGGAUGAGGGAUGGGGAAUUUGGUAAUUGACCCUUGGUCCCCACAGUGGUUGAUCUGCAGGGUGGUAAUGCAUUGAGUUUGAAAUGGUUACUUCCAGCUUAAACUGAGUGUAUUUCCUUUGAUUUGAGAUUCUUCUGACUGACUGAUUUAAGUGAGUGUUUUGCUUUUCAUGCACUUACAUUCACAAUGUAAGUAUUGUGAUAGUAUUGAUCAUGUAGUUAGGUUGAAGCCUAUAUGAUUAAAGGAAUAUGUUUUGUACUGUUAGAAGGUGCAUGCAAACUGCCCUUAGUGUGCCAUUUAUGUCAUCUCAAAGAAAAUUGGGAUACACUUUAAAUACCUCCUUGGACCUGCUGGCAGUGCUUUUCCUAAUGCACCCCAGGACAGCACUGGCCUUGUUGGCCACAAGGUCACUGCCAGCUCAUGGACAGCUUAGUGUCUACCAGGACCCCCAGGUCCUUCUCUGCAGAGCUGCUUCCCAGCAGACCAGCCCCAGCCUGUGCUGGUACCCAGGGUUCUUCCUCCCCAGGUGCAAGACACUGCAUUUCCCUUUGUUAAAUUUGAAACUGUUCCUCUCUGCCCCUCUCUUGAACACACUGAGGUCCUUCUGAAGGGCUGCACAGCCCUUUGGGGUAUUGGCCUCUCCUCACAGCUUAGUGUUUUCAUCAGGGAACUUGCUGAGCAGGCUUCUACCCCUUCAUCCAAGUCAUUGAUAAGUUAAACAAUGAACUUUGGGGGACACAACUCGUGACAGCUGCCAACUAGACCCUGUGCCACUGAUUAUUCUCUGGGAUCUGCCAUUCAGCCAGUUCUCAAUCCACAUCACUGUUCACAUAGGGACCCGGCAUGAAGCUUGUUGAGAUUGAUUAAGCAGAUUAACAGUAGGUUAAAGUUGUUCUUGAACAGCUGUCUGGGGAAGAUUGGAAGUUUCAGUAGAAGCUGGCAUAUUAAUGCAACAUCAUUGCAAAUGAAUUAACUUCAUCAUGCAACCAAAGCAGCCAUUUUUUAAGUGUUAGUCUGCGUUUCAUUAAUGUUUUUCAGUCAGUGGUCACUUCAUUUUCCAUACUACAGGAAUCAGUAUUUAUCCAGAAUUGCAAUUCCUAGAAGUUGAGUAGCUGCUGGCAUCCCUUGUGACAUUUAAGGUUCAUACUCUUACGGUGUGAUCAGAUGCUGUAGCCUUCAUGGAAACCCCGAUUGUUUCUUACGUGUUAGAACUUAGUGGUGAGAAUCAGUUUUUAAAACUCACUAUAAAUAAAUGUACAGAUAGUGGCUGAAUGUGAGUGAAAUGCUGAAUCAUCUAGGUCUGAUGUGUCAUCUCUACUUCAGUAUUUUUUUACUCCCCAGGUAAUAUGAUUUAUAUCAGUUAGGCUAUUAGUCAUUCAGCAAGCAUUGAACCAAAACUAAUUAUCUAAUGUUCUGUCCAAAAUUCUGUUACCAAGCCAAGAAUCAUUCUGUGUUCUUGUGGCUGGUAUAAUUGUCUGAAAUUAAGCGCAUCUACCAAUUUAAACAAAACAGUGAAAAGAUUUACCACACUGCUGGUUUUUAAUAUAGAAACAAAAGAAAUGUGAUUUUACAAUAUUACCCUGAAUACAUAGCAAGUGCGUGUAAAAUGUAUUAUGCAUAUGAGGUUUAUGUAUGGAGCUUAAAGCAGGUUUGAGAUGUCCAGCUUCAGGAGUUGUGAGAGAGGAUGUAACAGUUUUCAGAUUACUCCAUCUUGUUUUGCAGCAGCCUUUUAUAUUUGUAUUUAUGUUUCCAGGUUUGAAAAUGGUGAAUAUAAUCUAAUUUCAGGAAGAAAGGACCAUAUUUCAGAUGCAGGAGUACAGUGAAGCAGUGCAUCUCCUUGCCUGGGGAGGUUGUGCAAUGUCCACGAAAGGACUUGUGAUGUUGGAUUAAACAUCCGCAGGUACAGAUGUCUGUGUACCUUCAGGUGUAGUGGUGCCUUCCCUGAGGAAGAGGAAUGGUUUAAUGAACUUUAGAGGACCUCUCCAGCCUGAUUACUCUAUGAAUGUUGUAGGGCAUAAGGAGGAAACAUGUAUCAUUAAUUGACUGGAGUAAUUUUCCCCCUUUGUCUCAUCCUUCCACUGAAUCACUCAGUUCUAUCUUUUUAUCUUUCUUAAAGAUUAAGUACUUCUUUUGGCAUGAGUCCAUAGCUAAUAUAUUUUGUCUGAUCUUGAGAAGCAUGGGGAUUUUAAACUGAAUGGAAGCACAUAAAUCUAUUAAUAAAUUUUACCUCUUGAU